AUGCAGGCCUCCCCAGAGGAGGCGAGCGAUGAUGCGAGCAAGGCGAAGGCUCCUAUGGCCAAGCUGCCACUGGCUCCCAAGGCAAUGGUUGGCGCCGCCAAGGGGCCUUCGCCUCUUUCGAAGGCUCUUGGAGCCGAGGCGGUUCCUGCUGUGAAUGCGAAGGCUGGUGGGGAUGCAGAGCAUCCCGCUGGCGCCGCCAGCAAGACGCAGGCCUCACCGGAGAAGACGAGCGAGGAUGAAAGCAAGGCGAAGGCUCCUGCGGCCAAGCUGCCACUGGCUCCCAAGCCAGUAGUUGGCGCCGCCAAGGGGCCUACGCCUCUGUCGAAGGCGUUGGGGGCCAAGGCGGUCCCUUCUAUGGAGGCAAAGGCUGGAGGGGAUGCAGAUCAUCUCGGGGAAGCCGCCAGCGACUCUCAGGCCGCCCCGGAGAAGACGAGCGAGGAUGAAGGCAAGGCGAAGGCUCCUGCGGCCAAGCUUUCGCUAGCUGCGAAGGCAGCGGUUGGCGCCGCCAAGGGGCCUUCGCCUCCUCCUAAGGCGUUGGGGGCCAAGGCGGUUCCUGCUGUGGCGGCGAAGGCUGCUGGAGAUGAGGAGUAUCUCGGUGAGGCCGCCAGCAAAACGCAGGCCUCGCCCGAGGAGGCCAGCGAGGAUGCGAGUAAGGCGAAGGCUCCUGCGGCCAAGCUGCCACUGGCUCCCAAACCAGUAGUUGGAGCCGCCAAGGUACCUUCGCCUCUUUCGAAGGCGUUGGGGGCCAAGGCGGUUCCUACUGUGGAGACGAAGGCUGCUGGAGAUGAGGAGCAUCUCGGUGAGGCCGCUAGCAAGACGCAGGCCUCGCCCGAGAAGACGAGCGAGGAUGAAGGCAAGGCGAAGGCCCCUUUGGCCAAGCUGCCAUUGGCUUCCAAACCAGUUGCUGGCGCCGCGAAGGGGCCUGCGCCUCUGUCGAAGGCUUUGGGGGCCAAGGCGGUUCCUUCUGUGGAGGCGACGGCUGUAGGGGAUGCAGAGCAUCCCGUCGAGGGCAAGAGCGUGGCGGAGGGCUCGCCGGUGAAGACAAGCGAAGAUGCGAGCAAGGCGAAGGCUCCUGUGGGCAAGCUGCCACUGGCUUCCAAGGCAGUAGUUGGCGCCGCCAAGGGGCCUCUGCCUCCUCCGAAGGCGUUGGGAGCCAAGGCGGUUCCUGCUGUGGAGGCGAAGGCUGGAGGGGAUGCAGAGCAUCUCGGUGAGGCCGCCAGCAAGACGCAGGCCUCCCCAGAGGAGGCGAACGACGAUGAGGGCAAGGCGAAGGCUCCUGCGGCCAAGUUGCCAAUGGCUUCGAAAGCAGGAGUUGGCGCCGCCAAGAGACUCUCAGGCCGCCCCGGAGGAGGCCAGCGAUGA